GGGGUCAUCAGUCAUAGGUCAAGUGUCUCGAGUGUAGAAAUAUUCCUCUAGAUUUAGUUUGAGAAUUUACUCUAAUUGCAGGCUUAUUCGCUGCAACCUACCGGGCCAUGGCUGCCAAAAGUGGGAAGAAGUCUGUGCUCUUCGUCUGUCUUGGUAAUAUCUGCCGGUCACCCAUAGCAGAGGCUGUUUUCACUCACCUGGUGAGAGAGAAGGGGCAACUGGAACAGUGGGACAUCAACAGUGCAGCAACCAUCGACAUGCAUGUAGGGAAGCGAGCAGACCCAAGGUCUAGGGCCUGCCUAGAAAGGCAUUCUGUGCCCUAUGGUCACAUCGUGCGUCAGGUGACAGAAGAGGACUUCACCAAGUUUCAGUACAUCCUUGGUAUGGAUCAUAACAACAUAAGCAACUUGAAAAACAUCCAGCCUCCAAAAUCCACAGCAACAGUGAAGCUACUAGGCAGCUUUGAUCCUGAGGGGCAAGAGGUCAUUGAAGACCCUUACUAUGGAGAAGAGUCUGACUUUGAGAGAGUGUAUCAGCAGUGUGUGCGUUGCUGCAAGGCUUUCCUUGACACAGUGUAGAGUCCUGGAACAUCCAAACUCAUCUGUGCCAGAAAGUGGAGAGUACAUUAAGUUUGCAUUGCUCAAGUAACAGAAAGCAAAUUGUCUUGCAAAACUGCAAAGAAUUUUCAUAUGGUUUAGCAUUUAGUGUUGAAAUAUUCCAUCAUUGUAGAAUUUGAUGUUAAAAUUAGAACUGGAUCUUUUAGGGCAUGAUCGGUUGCAAUUGGGUCUUACUUUCUUAGUACCAAGUACUGAGAUUAUAUGUUUAAAAAUUGUGAGCUGAAAAAGAUAAUCAUUUAUUAAUUAACUUGUUGUUGUCUGAUGACCACUGAAACUGUGUUUAAACUAAAAGUAUGUAAAAAUGAUUAAAGUAAUAAUGAAUAAAGUAAUUAUGCUGGCACCAAUGCAACUGUUGCUGUUGGUUUGCAAUUACGCCUUUUCUUUCUUUCUUCCAUAUUAGUGAUCAUGAUAAAGAUGCACAAAAGAAGCUAUUCAAAUAAACAAUGAGUCUUUAUUUCACCACUUAACAUAGUUAAUGCUCUGUAGCCUUGAAAGUAGAAAAAUAAGUUAAAAACAAUUUUUAAGUUGCCUCAUAAUACAAGUAUAUAAAACGCCUUACCAACACUAUAAAUUUAAGUGCAUAUUAUUUACACUCUGCCUUAAGAAACAUCAUAGGACCAAUGUAGUAAAAAGGGCACUUAACAUGAAAUCUGCAGACAUGAUACGGUUGGAUAUGACCAGGAAACUAAGGGCUUAGUUGACGUGGGCAGCCAGGAAGGUUUUCUGUAACCAUUCAAACUUAUUGCUGUCCACAAUAUUGUAAGAUCUUC